AUGGACAGCUCGCCAAAGGCUUCGACACCAAAGGCUUCGGUUGGUUCUGAUUCGAAGAGAUUGAAGAUCAACCGUUUGCCCGUGGGAGUGAUACUUCUUGUCGAGCUAUGUGAACGGCUGACAUACUACACGCUCGCGGGCACUCAGAAGAUCUACUUUCAGAACCAACUGGACAAGACGCCCUCGACGGCUGCAGCCCUGAAUUCAGUGUUCAGCAUGCUAUGCUAUUUUUGGUGCAUUCCUGGUGGCUUGAUAGCCGACUCCAUUGGUCGCUACAAGACUAUCAUUGGCUCAGGACUCACAUAUGCCUUGGGGACUAUUUUUGUUGGGAUCGCGGUAAUUCAUGAGUUUCAAAACUCUUUGGGAUGGUUAUUCACAUUCAGCUGCUUGGUGUUGAUUGCGAUGGGGACUGGUGGAAUAAAGCCAAACAUCGCCAACUUUGGAGCAGAUCAAAUCGGAGAUGCUACAGAGCAGCAGCGCCAAUGCCAAGCGACUUUUUUUUCCCUCUUCUACCUUUCCAUCAACAUUGGCGUCCUUGUAGCUUUUGGAUUCCUGUGCAACACGACAACUGGUGGUCUUGCUGGGGUGAUCCCACAGUCCGAAGGUUAUUCAUUCGCCUAUGGCUCUGGCGCAGUUUGUAUGAUUCUGGCAGUGGUCCUUUUUGUAAGCUUCACACGAUCAUAUACCAUCCUACCAGGAAAUGGGCUGGGGCCUGUCAAGCGACUCAUUUGCUACCAGCUUCGUUCAGUUAGACGUGGAGGUGGGUGGAGAGCUGUGAUGUCCGCUGCUGGCUUUGCAUGCCUUCCAUUGUUUUACAUUGUCACCCUUGUCAACACUCUCUUGUCCUCUUCGGUGGAGACAUCAAGCAAAGAGAUACUUUUGGACCCCUGCACGGUCUCCUUGGACCCUCCUCCGCGACUACUUCAUGGCACCGGCAACGAGGAUGUGCUCAGCGACGUUGCCUUGGCAUUGGGAGCUUUGGCGUGCAUUUUUCUCAUUGUCGCGCAUGUGAAUUGCUCUUGGAUACAAAGCAUUGGAGAUGAAUCUAGCCACAGCUUCAAUGUAAAUGAAGCCCAGCAAACUCUUGCAGCAAUUCCUUUGAUUGUGGUGGUGAACAUUUGCUUUAGUUUGUGCUACAACUCAAUGAACAAUGCCUUCCCCUCACAAGCUUGUCAGAUGGAUGUUCGCUUUGGGUCAUCACAACUCAACGGAGCCUUCUACAACAUCUCUGAUGCAUUGGCCAUUGUCAUCUUCACCCCAAUCUUCGAAUCUUGCUUGUUUCCAAUGAUUGCACGAAUCAAAGGGUCCCGAGUGAGCCACGGCCAGAAGAUCAUUGCAGGUUUGAUCAUCGCUUCGGUCUCCAACAUCUCUGCUGCUAUCCUUGAAUAUAAGCGCAAAGAGGCACCUUUCCUUUGCGGUGAUGUUGGUUUUUCCCAGUGCGCUCCUGGGUAUACAGAAGAUGGGCUGCAAGGGACCCGUAUGCGUGAUAUCAGCGCAUUCUGGAUCUUUCUGCCCUUCACUCUUGUUGGCAUUUCUGAGAUUCUUGUGAAUCCAUGCAUGUAUUGCUACUGCUAUGAAUCAGCUCCUGCACAAGUGCGUUCUUUGCUUCAGGCUUUCAACCUGUUCUUUUCCGGCUCUGUAUCCAAUGCUUUUACGGCAGUUGUGUCCAAACUCUUGUACCCAAACAACCUAGACUCUGGAAGUUUGGAGUACUACUAUUUUGCAAAUGCUGGCGCGGCUGUGGCCGGAAUCGCGCUUUACUUUUUGGUAAGUUGCAGCAGGCCCAAACCAGCGCCUCUUGCAAGUCAAGUCAAGGAACUCGACGGAAUUUGUGGCCAAGCCAAAAGUAGCUUCGAUGAAGCAGAAGGCAAACUGUAA